AUGGUCGCCAUUCCGCGAGUGGCUGCUGCUCGUUCGCUAGCUCGCCAGCUGGCCAGGCAAAGUCUGAGAACAACAAGCUUCGCAUCUGCUCCGGUCCGCAUCGCCAUCGCCUCUACACCGCUCGCGCGCUCGCCGAGUUCGUUCCGCAGUCUGAGCAGUUCCACCCGCAGGAGCGCAGCAGCAGCAGCCGCUGCCGCUGCCGCCAAGGCCACCCCAGCACACGAUGACUCGCAUACACCUAUGGCCGUACUUACCGAGGCCGACCUUGGUCGUCUUGUGCGCCAGCGUAACGUCGGUAUCUCUGCGCACAUCGACAGCGGCAAGACCACAUUGACAGAACGAGUGCUCUUCUACACGGGCAGAAUCAAGGACAUCCACGAGGUCCGAGGAAGAGAUGCUGUUGGAGCCAAGAUGGAUCACAUGGAGCUCGAACGUGAAAAGGGUAUCACUAUUCAGAGUGCUGCCACCUACUGCAGCUGGAAAGCUACUCCGCCCACAGAAAAGGCGAGCGUCAGCGGCGAUGCUGCCAACGUCGAAAGCAAGGAACUCAUGGAAAAGAAACAAGAUUUCCACAUCAACAUCAUCGACACACCUGGUCACGUUGACUUUACCAUCGAGGUAGAACGUGCGCUGCGAGUGCUCGACGGUGCCGUCCUCGUCCUUUGUGCCGUAUCGGGAGUGCAGUCGCAGACCAUCACGGUCGACAGGCAGAUGCGACGAUACUCGGUGCCCCGUAUCAGCUUCAUCAACAAGAUGGAUCGUGCCGGUGCUAAUCCGUGGCGCGUUAUCGGUCAGAUCCGUAACAAACUCAAGAUGCCAGCAGCCGCCGUUCAGAUUCCGAUUGGUGCAGAAGACGACUUUAACGGUGUCAUUGAUCUGAUCCGCUGGAAGGCCGUCUACAACGAGGGCCACAAGGGUAUCGACAUUCGCGAGACCGACGAGAUCCCCGCCGAGUACCUCGAGCUGGCCAAGCAGAAGCGCGCCGAGCUUAUUGAGCAGCUCGCAGAGGUCGACGACGAGAUGACCGAGAUGUUCAUCGAGGAGCGCGAACCUACGAUCGAGGAGCUUGCCGCCGCCAUUCGCCGUACCACGAUCCGAUGCCAGUUCUCACCCGUCUUUCUCGGUUCGGCCAUCAAGAACAAGGGUGUUCAGGCCAUGCUUGACGGCGUCUGCUCGUACCUGCCCAACCCUGCCGAGGUGCCUGCCACGGCUAUGGACAUGAGCAGUGCUGCCACUAAGAAGGCGGCGGAGGAGGCAGCCCAGGCUGCAGGAGAGGACCAAGAAGCAGCAGCAGAGGCGCGCAAGAAUGCGGCUCCACCCGUUCUACCGCUCUCUCCGGCUUCGGAAGCACCGCUCGUGGGUCUCGCAUUCAAGCUGGAAGAAGGCAAGUACGGUCAGCUGACGUACAUGCGCGUCUAUCAAGGAACGCUCAAGCGCGGCAACCUGAUUUUCAACGCGCGUACCGGUAAAAAGGUCAAGGUGCCUCGACUGGUACGAAUGCACUCGAACGACAUGGAGGAUGUCGACGAGAUUGGCGCUGGAGAGAUUUGCGCCAUGUUUGGUGUCGAGUGCUCUUCCGGUGAUACCUUUACCGACGGCACUACGCAGCUGAGUAUGACGAGCAUGUUUGUUCCGGAACCCGUCAUCUCGCUCGCUAUCACUCCUGAGGGUAAGGAGUCGCAGAACUUCUCGCGUGCUCUCAACCGUUUCCAAAAGGAGGACCCCACGUUCCGCGUUCACGUUGACAAGGAAUCCAACGAGACCAUUAUCUCGGGCAUGGGUGAGCUUCAUUUGGAAAUCUAUGUGGAGCGUAUGCGUCGAGAGUACAACGUUCCCUGCACUACGGGUAAGCCGCGCGUAGCUUUCCGCGAGACGAUCGAGAAGAAGGCGACGUUUGCCUACACGCACAAGAAACAGACGGGUGGUGCAGGUCAAUUUGGUCGUGUCAUGGGCUACAUUGAACCUAUGGAGGUGGAUCCAGAGACUGGCGUUGAUACGGCGUUUGAUAAUCGCGUUGUCGGUGGCUCGAUUCCCAACGGCUACAUUAGCGCUUGUGAAAAGGGAUUCUACGAUGCGCUCGAAAAGGGUGCUCUCUCGGGUCACGCCGUGACUGGUGUUCGCUUCGUGCUCGAGGACGGUGCAGCGCACAGCGUCGAUUCGUCCGAACUGGCGUUCCGACUGGCGACGGCGGGCGCCUUCCGCGAAGCGUACCAGAAAGCGAACCCGGUGAUUCUGGAACCCAAGAUGACGGUCGAAGUGGUGGCACCCAUCGAAUUUCAGGGUGCCGUGAUUGGCGCACUAAACCAGCGCAAGGGUACAAUUUCGGACACCGAAGUUCGCGAGGACGAGUUCACAUUGACCGCCGAGGUGUCGCUCAACGACAUGUUCGGCUAUAGCUCGCAGCUGCGUGGUCUGACGCAAGGUAAAGGUGAAUUCUCGAUGGAGUACAAGUGUCACACGCCCGUCAUGAUGAACAUUCAAAAAGAGAUGCACGAGGCUUAUCGCAAGAAGCAGACCGAGAAGAAGUGA